GAAGAAACGUCUUUCGGACCCUCCUCCUUUAUGGGAGGAGAAACGAUAGGAGGAGGGGGUGUGAGCAAGGUGUGCAUGUGUGUAUGUAUGUGUGUGUGAAAGAGAGAGAGAGGAUGCAGCGCGAUGGAAGAGUUGGGGAAUGUUAUAUUCAGAUGCUGCUUCCCCAGUGUCUGAGAGCAAUCUGGAUAGCAGCUGGCAGAUGUGAGUGAAGCGGAAAGCCAGCGAGUUUGAAGGAAGAUGCAAGUUUCUCACUGGUUCGCCCUCCUUCCCCUCCAGCUCAGCUUGUACCUGGUUGCAUUUGCACAUGGAAGUACAUCAAAUGACACUGAAGAUGUGAAAUUCAGAGGAUCAAAAAGCACACAAAAGCGUGUCUUAAUAAAAAGCAACAAGAUAUCGCCCCUAAGCCAGUGGAUGAUGCAAACUCUGCCAAGUACAGGGAAUUCGACACUACUGGGAUUUCAAUACUCCUCACCAGUCUCUUACACCAAACAGGAUCUUUGGGAUUGGUUGGGAAAUGUAUCAGAUCAACAUGAAGACCCCCAGUCUAGAGUCAAGAGACGUCCAAUUGUUAAAACGGGAAAAUUUAAGAAAAUGUUUGGAUGGGGUGAUUUUUAUUCAAACAUCAAAACCGUGAAAUUAAACCUCCUCAUCACUGGAAAAAUUGUAGACCAUGGAAAUGGUACGUUUAGUGUGUACUUCCGCCACAAUUCCACUGGCCAGGGAAAUAUAUCAGUCAGCCUUGUGCCACCUACAAAAGCGGUUGAAUUUGACCUGGCUCAACAAACAAUAAUUGACGCCAAAGAUUCAAAAAUAUUUAAUUGCCGAGUCGAAUAUGAAAAAAUUGACAGAGCGAAGAAGACUGCUCUAUGUAAUUAUGACCCAUCCAAGACUUGUUACCAGGAACAGACACAAAGCCAUGUAUCCUGGAUCUGUUCCAAACCCUUUAAAGUUAUAUGUAUCUACAUUUCAUUUUACAGCACAGACUAUAGACUGGUGCAGAAGGUGUGUCCUGAUUAUAAUUACCACAGUGACACGCCCUACUUUCCAUCUGGAUGAAGCAGAGGGGUGCUGGGGAAAUGUAUUUUUUUUUAACAACAUGUGGAUUUGGAGUGAUUAGCAGGUUGACUCACACACUAAAGGUCUUGGUGAUAACAAUUUAGUGAAGGUUGUUAAAAGUGUUCUGUGCCUGUUAUUACAGCAUUCUACAGCUCUACAAGUGGAAGUACUGAUGUCUAAAACAAAAUCCAACACAAAAUUAUUCACAAAAGCUAAUGCAUAGUAUCAACUUUCAUGGGACACUUCAACAGAUGGUGUCUGUUUCUUUACCAUUGGUAAUAAAUAUUCAUGGAUAGAAGAGAGAAAUGCAGAUGCACUUUGGAAAUAGUCUUUGAUUAAUUUCCAGGUGACAAAAAAAGCAAAAUAUUUGACCAAUCGUUACCUAAUUAUCAUCUAAAAUCUUAUUUAAUGAUUUAAUAUCGAAACUUUUGAAUAAUUUUACAGGAUGGCAAAGUAUGUUAGAUCAAUAGAAAAAUGAAUGAAUAGUUAAAUAACUGCCUCCUCCAUUAACUGAGGACACUGGUAAAUUGUAGAUAUUUUGUAAAAUGCCCACAUGUCUCAACAAUUUCCGCUCAACAUGUCUUGUUUAACAAUCUCUGCUUUUCCCAGUCCCUGGUGUGCCUGUUACCUUCAUAGCAUCAGUUUUAUAGGUCAAGUGGAAUUAAUAUUACAUUAUUUAUCAUGGCAUCUGGAUAACAGUGAUUGAAAAAGGGAGGAUGCCAAAGUAGGCAAGCUCAUUGACUGAGUGUUUGUUUUCUUUUCUCUUUGUCAAAUUGCAACAUUCUUCCUCAUGAUGUUAAUUUUUUGCACUACAUGGAUAGCAUUGGUUUGUGAGCAUAUUUGCCACUAAGCCACUUUAGUGAUCAGAUGAUGUCUCUGACCAAAAGAGGUAUGCUGUCCUUUUGCUACAUUAUUAACUAUAGGCUUCUAGUUUACCUAUGUUAAGAUAGACACUGGGGGAGAGAGAGAUGUAGUUGUAACUUUAGUAUCUCUUCAAGAAAUUAACUAAUGCAUGUAGAUGAGAAUAAGGUUGUGGUGAAUGGAGCUGUCACCUGCUGUGCAUGUAAUAACCAUAAGGAAGUCUUGGAGGUCUGGAAAGGAUGUGAGUACAAAAUAACAGCACAAGUAUUUUAAGUAUUAUAAAUAAUGCCAUUGUUUGCACUGAGAAAUGCUCUCUUCCACACUGUGUAUGUAAACUGGUAUGUGUCUGUUGUGUGUCUGUGUUCACUCUCACUAUUCUCUCAGUUCAUCAAAAACAGGGUAACCUGAGGAGACAAAUGUUUAGCGAACUUUAUUUCUCAGUCAAAAGAUGGAAACUAUUUUGAGCAAAUCUUUCCACCAUUUUUAUCUCAUUUUUAUCUCCAGACAGCCAAAUUUGUGUAACAUAUUCAAUGUUAGCUGGUAGAAUUAGUAAACUGUGCUAUAUAUGAGAAUAUUUCGUAAGGCAAUGUUUUCUGAACAAACAAUAUUUGUAAUUUUUAGAAGAAAAACUACCAAACCUAAGAACGUACUUACUGGUUGAGUAAUUGCACUUAGGCCAUCCAUCCAUCAUCUCAUGAUGGUUAACUACAGUGUGAUUACCUUCUUGAGGAAACUCACAACUACAGAAACCUUAGGGAUUUCUGUUGUGUAACAGUAGUCCAUGAGUGGCUAUGUUGCUUCUCUCUGGAUAGUUCUAUCCUCACCAGUAGUUGAGGUGAAAGUUAUUAACUCACUUUGAGGUUGGUUGAAUGGAUUAAUCCUAACUUGUGGCUGACUUUGAAUUAAUUAAACACCAAAUAGCAGCCCUUUUUGCCAUGUUGGAACGAUGCAAUGACCUGCUUCCUGCUUUUAGCAUCAGCACAUCGGCAUAGUUGCAAAUGGAUAGACUUAAUAUUUAUUAGUUCUCUGAGAUUGCAAACAUUCAGCACUGACUAGAAUUUGCACCUUCCUUUCUCUAUUGGAUGAGUUGAACUACUUCUUGUCUGGGUCAUGAUGUGAUGCAGGAGAAGGCAACAAUGCCACAGAAAGAUGCACUCCCUCUGCCAAUAAGAGAACAGCAUUAAUGUAACUGGAGAGAAGUUUGCGAGCAUUACCAACCUGAUUUAACAGCUAAGAGAGAGCAAGAACUGUCAGACUGAAAAUAAUUAAAGUUUCUCUUUCAAGCUGUAUAACACAGUACAUUCAUCAGAAACCUGUCCUUCAACAUAUCCUCUAUCAUCACUAACACGAUUAGCAGUAGUGGAUCACAUUAAUCUAUCAUACUUACAUUGAUGACAUGCAUCAUCAAUCAAUAAAAUAUUAACCUAAGUGUGACUAAUCAAAUAAUGAAGCAAUAUGUCUGAUCGAAGUCUGUAAUAAUCAAUCUUUCAAAUCCACGACAUUUUAUUUGGCCACCAAUGACAGCUAUUAAAGAAGUGUGGUUGCCAUGGAAACAUGAUGUGAUGAUCUUAUUCACCUCAUAAAAUUUCAGUUACUUGAAAUGUGAUAUAACUAUGACUGUUAAUAAGUGAUCUUUAUGCUGUUCAAAAAAUGAACAGCUAUAAACCUUCACCUGUAGCAAUGAUACACACAUAAAGCUGGAGAAAUAGACAUGAAAACCUAAAGUUUAUUGAAUAGGCAACACAAUAUGAGCAAAAGUAAGUAUUUUAGGGUUUUUUUUUGACAGUGUUACUGAGCCACAAGUGCUACAUCUGAUCAGAUUCAAAUCAAAAGUGAAACUAGGGUAGUUUUCCAAGUCACCUAGCUUAGGUCACAUGCGUAAUCACCCGUAGUGAUUCAGGACUCAUAAAAUCUACCUAAAACAUCAAAUUACUGAUGCAUCAUAAAGCAGGCAAGGCAGACAAGGGAAAAAAGAUCAAGUUUACAUUAUGUAACUUUUUUGACAUUCUCAGAACAUCCCAAAAUGCCUCAAGAGCCAGUAAAUUACCUUUUAGAUAUUUUUAGAGAUGUUAUUAUACACCUCUAGAGCAGGUGGGACCUGAACUCAGGCCCCCGGGCCAGGGGUAAGAAUAUUAUCCUG